AUGUUAUUUAAACUUUGUAUAAUAAAAUUUAUAAUAAUCUUUCAUGUUAUAUACGUACAUACUGAAAACACUAUUGAUUAUGAUCUGAGGGACACAGAUCCAAGCAUUAUAGAAGAUGCUACUUUGGAUACGUUCACGUUAAUCAAGAAAUAUGGCUUCCCUUGUGAAAUACACAGGGUGUAUACGGAAGAUAAAUAUAUUCUGGAAGUGCAUAGAGUACCGUAUGGUAAACGUAAUUCAACCAGACAAAAUCGACCCGUGGUGUUCUUGCAGCACGGCCUUUUAUCCUCUUCCGCAGAAUUUGUGCUUAUGAGACCCGACAAAGGACUAGCGUACCUCCUCGCUGAAGCGGGCUAUGACGUCUGGAUGGGUAAUGCAAGGGGUAAUACAUACUCUCGGCACCACGCAUUCCUAAAACCCACGUCUUCAGAAUUUUGGAAGUUUAGCUGGCACGAAAUUGGCCAUUACGACGUCCCUGCUAUGAUUGAUUACGUCAUCAAGGAAACGGGUGUCCAGAAAAUACAAUACAUCGGCUUUUCUCAAGGGACCACCGCGUUUUGGGUCAUGACUUCAACUAGACCGGAAUAUAACGACAAAAUUUUAGCUAUGCAUGCAAUGGCGCCUAUCGCGUAUGUUGGAAAUAUUCGAAGUCCUGUAAUAAGAGCAGUAGCCCCAUUCACAAACUCUUUAGAACGUAUACUUAAACUCAUAGGAGCAAAUGAGAUAUUACCAAAUGGGAUGAUAAACAAAUUGGCUGGAGAAAAAUUGUGUCUAGAAGAAGCGUUAACUCAAGUUCUGUGUAAAAACCUAUUAUUUCUAUUCUGUGGAUUUAACGCAGAACAAUUAAAUACUACCAUGCUACCAGUUGUUUUAGGGCAUACUCCAGCAGGUGCAUCAACAAGACAAUUCAUACAUUUCGGCCAAAUGUAUAAAUCGAAGAAAUUCGCAUUCUUCGACCAGGGCUGGUUCCGGAAUAAAUGGAAUUAUGGUACCUUUAAGCCACCUUCUUACAAUAUCAGUGCCAUUAGAACACCUAUCUUCCUGCAUUAUGCUGACAACGAUUGGCUUUCUACACCAAAAGACGUUGAUAAAUUCUUUAAAGAAGCGAAAACAGUUGUCGGAAAGUACAGAGUGCCUUUGGAUAAAUUUAACCAUUUGGACUUUGUUUUCGCAAAUGACGCCAAAAAGUUAAUCUAUGACCGUAUUAUAAGAAUUAUGUCUCAGUUUAUAUGA